AUGCCCCUGUGGUGCCCAUUGCCCGCCGCGUGCCCGUUACACCCAUGGUGCCCGUUGUCUCCCGGUGCCCCCCGGGUGCCCGGUGCGGGGCGUGACGGCGUGCCGCACAGCGUGGACCGGAAGGGGCAGUACCACUACCUGGUGAAGUGGCGGGACCUGCCCUACGACCAGGCCACCUGGGAGGAGGACGAGAUGCCCAUCCCCGACUACGACCUCCACAAGCUGGCCUACUGGAAGCACCGGGAGGUGUUCAUGGGGGAGGACCCGGCCCAGCCCCGUCGCUACAAGAAGAAGAAGAAGGAGACGCCGGAGGAGGGACCCCCCGACUCCCCCCCCAACGACCCGACGGUGAAGUACGAGACGCAGCCGCGGUUCAUCACGGCGACGGGCGGCACCCUCCACCUCUACCAGCUGGAGGGGCUGAACUGGCUGCGCUUCUCCUGGGCCCAGAGCACCGACACCAUCCUGGCCGACGAGAUGGGGCUGGGCAAGACCAUCCAGACCAUCGUCUUCCUCUACUCCCUCUACAAGGAGGGCCACACCAAGGGCCCGUUCCUCGUCAGCGCCCCGCUCUCCACCAUCAUCAACUGGGAGCGGGAGUUCCAGAUGUGGGCCCCCGCCUUCUACGUUGUCACCUACACCGGGGACAAGGACAGCCGGGCCAUCAUCCGCGAGAACGAGUUCUCCUUCGAUGACAAUGCCAUGAAGGGGGGCAAGAAGGCCUUCAAGAUGAAGGUGAGCCCGAUUUUGGGCAACCUGGAGGGCUUCCUGGAGGAGUUUGCCGACAUCUCCAAGGAAGACCAAAUCAAGAAGCUCCACGACUUGCUGGGUCCCCACAUGCUGCGGCGUCUCAAGGCCGACGUCUUCAAGAACAUGCCGGCCAAGACCGAGCUCAUCGUCCGCGUCGAGCUCAGCCCCAUGCAGAAGAAGUACUACAAGUACAUCCUGACGCGGAACUUCGAGGCGUUGAACUCGCGGGGCGGCGGGAACCAGGUGUCGCUGCUCAACAUCAUGAUGGACCUGAAGAAGUGCUGCAACCACCCCUACCUCUUCCCCGUCGCCGCCAUGGAGUCCCCGAAGCUGCCAAGCGGCGCCUACGAGGGGGGGGCCCUGAUCAAGGCCUCGGGGAAGCUGCUGCUGCUGCAGAAGAUGCUGCGGAAGCUGAAGGAGCAAAACCACCGGGUGCUCAUCUUCUCCCAGAUGACGAAGAUGCUGGACCUACUGGAGGAUUUUCUGGACUACGAGGGCUACAAGUACGAACGCAUCGACGGGGGCAUCACGGGGGCCCUGCGGCAGGAGGCCAUCGACCGCUUCAACGCGCCGGGGGCGCAGCAGUUCUGCUUCCUGCUGUCGACGCGGGCCGGGGGCCUCGGCAUCAACCUGGCCACCGCCGACACCGUCGUCAUCUUCGACUCCGACUGGAACCCCCACAACGACAUCCAGGCCUUCAGCCGGGCACACCGCAUCGGCCAGGCCAACAAGGUGAUGAUCUACCGGUUUGUCACGCGCGCGUCGGUGGAAGAACGCAUCACGCAGGUGGCCAAGCGCAAGAUGAUGCUGACGCACUUGGUGGUGCGCCCCGGGCUGGGCUCCAAGGCCGGCUCCAUGUCCAAGCAGGAGCUUGAUGACAUCCUCAAGUUUGGCACUGAGGAGCUCUUCAAGGAUGAGAACGAGGGGGAGAACAAGGAGGAGGACAGUAGCGUCAUCCACUACGACAACGAGGCCAUCGCUCGGCUGCUGGACCGCAACCAGGAUGCCACCGACGAUGCUGACGUGCAGAACAUGAACGAGUACCUCAGCUCCUUCAAGGUGGCCCAGUACGUCGUGCGUGAGGAGGACAAGAUCGAGGAGAUCGAGCGGGAGAUCAUCAAGCAGGAGGAGAACGUCGACCCCGACUACUGGGAGAAGCUGCUGCGGCACCACUACGAGCAGCAGCAGGAGGACCUGGCGCGCAACCUGGGCAAGGGGAAGCGGGUGCGCAAGCAGGUCAACUACAACGACGCCGCCCAGGAGGACCAAGGUAGUGGGAGGCACUGGGAGUGCACUGGGAGGCAGUGGGAGGACCUGGCGCGCAACCUGGGCGAGGGGAAGCGGGUGUGCAAGCAGAUCAACUACAACGCCGCCGCCCAGGAGGACCAAGGUGGGUACUGGGAGGCACUGGGGGGUACUGGGAAGGUGUUGGGGUUCAACACGCGGCAGCGCAAGGCCUUCCUGAACGCGGUGAUGCGGUGGGGGAUGCCCCCCCAGGACGCCUUCACCUCCCAGUGGCUCGUCCGCGACCUGCGCGGCAAGACCGAGAAGGAGUUCAAGUAG